AUGUUUUCAGAUUAUUUAGGAUGUUGGAUUUAUUCAGAUGGGAAAUCAAUUUCUUGUGUUGCUUUUGUCCUGGAGAUCUACAAAUCUGCUGGGCUUUCUGAUCCUAUUGCCAGCUCCAUACAAGUCAAUGAGUUCACGAAAUGUAGCUAUCCAAAUAUCAAUGGCUGUCGGACUUGUUCACAAGAUAAUCUGAUGAGGUCUUUCUUUAAUAGCCAUGGACAGCUAUCUGAACCAGAUUUUAGUAAAUUUUUAGAUAAAGAGAUUUGCUUAGGAGAUUUGUGUGAAGAGAUGCUUGUCAAUGCAGAUAUUUUUGGACUUUCAUCCCUCCUACGUGAGCUCAUAGGUGAAGGUUCCCAUAGACAAUUAGUUACCACAAUGGAAUUAUACCAUCAUCCAAAGUUCACUCAUUUUGUUAAUGAGCAUUUUUGCGAGGCAAUUGUUAUUGAGUAUCUUCCUACUGGGGUCUUUUCUGAUCCCUUUGAGCUGCAACGGCUUGUCGAUCGUGAAGUGUUUCUAAGUGCUUCUGUUUUUGGGGACACAAACCUGGAAUUGCCUUAUGCUCUUUCCAAUAUAUCAGUAGUAGAGAUUCACAUUAAUGUCAAGAGUGAUGCCCAAAAAAUUGUUGUUCAACUGCCACUUCAUUCUAGAUAUCCGCCUCUUAAUUCAAGUGACUACAUAAACAUAACAAUAGGCAAACCACAUUUGUUCACACGUUGCAAGCCAAAAAUCUCUCAAACUGCAGACUGUUUAUGGACUUUGAUUGAUUUGGGUGUCUUGUUUGGAAACAAUGUGACAUGGAGAAUUCCUUGUGGAGAUGCACUGCACACAAGGGCUGUAACUAUUAUAACUUUUAUAUCAUCUAUUUUCUGCUCUGUUUUUAUUGUGUUGUCAACCAUGUAUCAGUCCAAGAAGGACAAAAGCAAAAUGGAAUAGCCAUAAUUUAGCACAUAUGCUUCUUAU